CUUCACAUCACCAUGGGUCUUGGAGGAUCUCGACAACCUGAAGUCCGUGUGCUCAUACUGGGCCUGGAUGACGCUGGAAAAACCACCUUCCUCUACAGGCUGAAGCACAAGUUAUCGGUGGAGACGGUUCCCACCAUCGGUUUUAACGUGGAAAUGGUGGAAGCCAAGAAGAAAGGAAAGAAUAUCCUUCUAACCAUGUGGGAUGUUGGCGGUCAAGAUUCGAUGCGGAGCCAUUGGGAGGAGUACUACUACGACACAGCAGCGGUGGUGUUUGUUUUGGACAGCUCGGCCCGUCGGUAUUUUGGGAAAGCUCGCCAGGAACUGGAGAAGAUCCUGAAGAACGACAAGCUGCGGGGUCGCCCUCUCAUUCUUAUCGCCAACAAACAGGACGUCGACACGGCUCUGACGGUGACUGAAGUCAAGGAGCGGUUCAACCUGAGGAAGAUCUGUUCCGGCCGGGAGUGGACUGCUUUGCCGUGUUCGGCGUCCACCGGUGUCGGCGUGGAAGAGGCUUUUGAACACAUCGUUCACCUGGUCGGGAUGCCUUCAGACCCCCGAGCCAUGAGGGAGAGCCUCAAGGACACUGUUCACUACCUCAAAGCAACGACAACAAAACACUGA